UCUAAGAAGAUAUGUCAAUUUUUAACUGUCAUAUCGUAGUAACCCUAAAUUCUGCAUUUAUCAACGUUGCCAUGGUAUUUCCUUAUAAUAAUAAACCUAAAACCUGGAUUUGUCUUCAAAUGGGAGUAAUGCAAGGUUUGAUUAAAGUAUUUUGGAUAUCUUGGAAUAUAACAUGAAUAAAUUCAUUCAUAAACUUAUUUGGAAAUUGUCUAACAAUAUUAUUCAGCAUUAUUCUAUAAAACACAUAGAUAAUGUCUUAUUUUUGUGGGACUACUUUAAUUGAUGAUAAAGAAGACACCAUGGAAAAGCAUGGUGUUGUUAAGCACAGUAAACAAAAGGGAAUAAACACAGAUGAAAUUGAACCCGUUCAUGGUUUAACCUAUUGUCGUAGAAAAGCUAAUAAAACACGCCAUUAUAACAAAGCGAAACUUAAAUCAGAUGAUUUAUCAUUCAACGAUAAAAGUGAUGAUAGAAUAAGUUCGCCAAAGAAUAAAAGUAGACGUCAUUUGCGUAAAGAAAUUGAAAGACUUAUGGAAGAGAAUCAUACGUUGAUGACCAAGUUAGAAGAUUUCAAUGCAGUGUCAGAUAAUCGUGAGGAACAAAAGGAUAAAGAUAAAUUAAUAUUUAAAAUACGAGAUAAGUAUCACAAGUUAGCUGAGGAGUAUGAACGAGUUCAACAAGAAUGUGAAGAAUUAAAUGUCCUAUUAAAACAAAAAGAAACUGAGUAUAGACAAUUACACUUGCAUCAUGAAGAAUCAACUCAUAUUUUUCAACGAUUGGAAGAAACUAAGAAUAGUUUGUUAAAUCUUAAUCAAAAAUUGAAAUCCGAGAAUGUUCAAUUAAAUGAGGAUACUAUGCUUCUUAAAAAAGUUAUUUAUCAAUUGAAUGCAGAAUUGGAAAGGUAUCAAGAUAAAAUUAGAUCGUGUGGUCAAGUUAUACCUUUGCAAUUUAAUACUCAUGCAAUUAAUGAAGAAGAAUUAGUUAGAGAAAAUAAAAAGAUAUUUGAAUCUUGGGGCAAUGUAAACAUGCAUGCUUUAGGUCCACUAUUGGAUGCUUAUCAAGAAAAUUUAAUUGAAAAGAAAGAAUUGAUAAGCAAAUACGAACAAGAAUUAAAUGAUUUUACUGGUAGAUGUAAAGAAAUUAUAUCGGAGAAUGAAUUUUUACAUAAGGAACUGGAAAAUUUCAAAUCAAAGUGUAAUAGGUACGUGGAAGAGAUCAAAGAAAUUUCUAACGAUGCUGCAUUGGUCAAGGAACAAAAUGAUACGUUGAUGCAACAAGUUUGCAAUCAUAAACAAAAAUUUGAAGAAUUUCAAUCGUUGUACGAAAGGAAGAUAGAAUCUUUGACUCAAGAAAACAAAACCUUGCAUAAAGAAGUUGUAACUUUGAAAACAGAAUUAAGUAAUCUUCAAGGAAAAUAUAAAAUAAUGAACGAAGGUUAUGAGAUGUUAAAAAAUAACAGCGACAAAACUAUGCCGGUGCAUGUACACAUUGCUGCAGUGGAUGAAUGUAAAAGAUUGUUCGAAGAAUUGAAAUCACAGUACGAAUCAGAAAAGAAGAAACUUUCUAGUCGUAUAAAACAAUUGGAGGAAUCACAACCGAAUAAUGAACAACAAUUAAUAACAGUAACUGCGGAAAGAAAUCAUUUAAAAAAUCUAACGAAAACGUUGGAACGUAAUUUAAAACGUACUCAGCAUAAAUUAACAAACGUACAGAAUAUUGUAUAUUCUGUACAAAUAUCACGCGAUUCUUAUAAAAGACAAUUAAAUAAAACAACUGUAUAUUGUGAAAAAUUGGUAACGGAAUAUGAAAGGGUAACAUCGGAGAAAGAAAAAUUAAAAACAUUGUUGCACGAAAGGGAAAAAGAAAAUGCUGAUAUUCAAUAUAUCGGUGACAGCAUAGCACACCGAGUUGGAAAUUUAAAAAACCAAGUAAACGCUGUGCAAAAAGAUGCGAAGGAUCAAUUAGCAUUGGUGGAAAAGCAUAUAAGGAUACAUAAAGUAGGAACACAUCAAUUAAAAUCAGAAUACCGUCAAGAGGUGCAACGUUUGAAACGUUUGCUUAAACAGAAGGAUGACGUUAUAGCUCAACUAAGAAAUAAGAAAGAAAAACAAGUAUCUCAAGAUAAUAUUGAACUGGUUUGACCAGAAGAAGCAAUGAUAAAAUGAUUUAAUUAUCAAUCUAAUAGUUGGAAAGCUUAGGCCUAAUGAUUUACAACGAUCAAUCAGAUCGUAUUGGUAAUUUCAACAAUUUGUUAAUUUAUCUUUGAAUCAUAGGAUUAUGAUAAACCAUUAUCAAUGACAUAGAUAAACGUAACUAGCCAAUUAUUAUCUUCCAAUAAACGUAAUUACAGUAGUGAUGGUGUUAUUGGUGAUGGUCGCAAAGUAUAGGCUUUGUAACCGGUUAAUAUUCAUUCAUUAAAUAAAACUGAAAUCUCAUAAACGAUGGCGUAUAAUUCUGGUUUACUUUUACAUAAGAGUCAAAAGCCACUGGCAAUCAAUUUUAAUCUUCCUUGUUAAUAGAAUAUCAUGUCCAGAAUUAAUGUCACACGUUGAAAGAAAGAGUGAGAGAGAUGAAAAUACCCUGAGGGGUUCAAAACACGUAGACAGGAAAUAUUGAGAUUUGUACCGACGACAUCACCUUUAUUUAGUGGUGACAUCAACCAAGACAAGUGGUCUCGAAGGUUACCAAUUACUUUAGAGGGAGCCAAUGCUUGUCAUUUUUUUCUUUGUAAUAAGCCGAUAGCGUUUAUUCUUAAUAGAAAUGAUCUCACGUGUGUGUGUGUGUGUCUCUCUCUUUCUCUCUCUUUCUCUCUCUCUUUUAUAUUUUUAUGCAAAAUGUUUUAUAUCUAUGUUCAUUCGUAAUAGAUCUGUCUCACAUUAUAAAUUAUAUCUCGGUGUAAUACUUGAUUAUUAUCUUGGACUAUCGACCCCGUUACAUACAAGGAGAGAAAAACACAGAUUCUCAUUUGAAUAAGUCAAGUUUGAUUUAUGCUAAAAGAAUAUCUUAAGUAUUUACAUUAGUCAUCUUUAAUUUUUUUAAA